AUGGAUUUGAUGAACUGGAUUUUCCGUCCAUAUCUGGACCAGUUCAUGAUUGUUUUUAUUGACGACAUCCUCAUCUACUCGCGAUCGGAGGCCGAGCACGAGCAACAUCUUCGAUUAGCAUUGCAGAUAUUACGGGAGCACCAGUUGUAUGCUAAAUUUAACAAAAGUAAGUUUUGGCUUUCUGAUGUUAGAUUUUUGGUCCACAUUAUUAGCAAGGAGGGUAUUGCAGUUGAUCUGGCUAAAGUCGAGGCCGUUCUUGAUUGGGAGCCGCUGAAGACCGUUACAAAGAUUCGUAGAUUUUUGGGACAUGCGGGCCACUACAAAAAGUUCAUUCAGUAUUUUUUGAAGAUUGCUACUCCACUGUCAUGCCUUACGAAGAAGUGUGUUCAGUUUGUAUGGGGACCAGAGUGUCAGAAAGCUUUUGAGACUUUGAAGGCUAAGUUGACUAUGACACCAGUGUUGAUCAUACAGAGUAGUGACAAGAUCUUUGUUGUCUACACAAAUGCAUCGUUAUCGGGUCUAGGAGCAUAUUGA